CGCUUAAUUUGCAUACUCAUUUCUCAAUCUACUUUUUCUUUUCUUAUCUCUUUAGAUAAAACAAUAUAUUUAUCCUUGCUUUCUUAAAUUAAACUAUAUUUAUAAUUCAUAACUUUAUUUAUAUGAUCGCUAAUUUCCAAGUAGUUUUUAAAAACAUGGAUAAAAAUAAAAAGUUUUGUAAGCAGGAGAUUGCAAUUCAACUCAAAAAUGUAUCAACCAAAUCCUAAGAUGGCGGCAUGUUGUCGGUGAUGUGAUUUGUCGAGCAUGACAUUUUAACUUGGACAAAUUCAUUCAAACAGCUCAGGAACAAAAGAUCAAGUCAGCUCGAACACAUCUACACUCACUGUUAAACAUCUGAGGCACUUCCAUCUGCUAAAUUUCUACCCAAAUAUUUUGGCCUCCUUGAAAUUAAGACCACCUUAAAAGAAAACAAAGUCUGCUGCCUUUCUCCCUUGGAUAUAUCAAAUUUAUCGAUUCUAAAUGGCAAGCCCUCAGUGGAAGAACUUCCAGCCGUCAGCUCAAGAUUCUGCAAUGCCCAGUUGUCACCGAUCUCCAUCUUUCAAUAAAACAACGAACGACGAUUGUCAAAACAGCAAUAGUUCUAGUCCCAGUGGCAUUACCAGAGAAACAGGCAUUGUUGAAAAAUUACUUCAUUCUUAUGGAUUUAUACAGUGUUGUGAACGUCAAGCAAGGCUUUUUUUCCAUUACAGUCAGUAUUCAGAUAAUAUUGAACACCUAAAACUUGGUGAUGCAGUUGAAUUUGAAAUGACAUAUGACCGACGUACUGGGAAGCCGAUUGCAAGUUCAGUUUGCAAAAUUACAUCUGAAGUUCGAGGAGUAAUGUGUGAGGAAAGAGUUUCAGGAUUCAUUACACCAGCAAUAAAAGAAAAUACUGAAGGAAGAGUUGCAUAUGAAAACAGAGGUGAAUGCUUUUUCCUGCCGUACUCCGCAGACGAUAUCGAUGAAGCGGCAGAGUUGCAGCCUAGUGAUCGAGUCACAUUUCGAAUUGCUACUGAUAAAAAUACAGGAAACCUUAGGGCUUUUGAUAUUCGUUUGGAGAAACCUCCUCCUGCACGUUAUCAGGGUGUAAUUUGUGCACUAAAGGAAACAUUUGGUUUUAUUGAACGAGCAGAUGUAGUUAAAGAGAUAUUUUUUCAUUCCAGUGAAUGCAAAGCUUUUAAAAAUCUUAACCUUGGAGAUGAUGUGGAAUUUUCUGUACAGACAAGAAAUAACAAAGAGGUUGCAUGUAAUGUUGUCAACUUACCUUUGGGGACUGUAGUUUUUGAAGAUAUAAGUCCAGAUUUAUUAAUUGGAGAAGUGACUGAAGUUAUAGAAAAAAGUAGAUCUCGCUCCAAUGAUGCUUUGCCUGGAAAAAUUCAAGUGCAGUUAAAUAAUGAUGUGAUUUAUUAUCCUUUUGGUGAACGUGAUCCCAAAGCUGAAUACACCCUUCAACUUGGUGAUUGGGUGCAGUUUAAUGUGGCCACCGAUCGACGAGACAAUCUUCAAAGAGCUACUAAUAUUGAACUUCUUAUAAAUGAAUUUACUUUUUCUAAAGAAAAACGAGAGCAGGGAUUUGUGACUUCUUUAAAAGAGGCUUUUGGAUUUAUUUCUUACGGUGUGCGAGAAAAUCGGGUAUACUUUCGUUUAAGUGAGCUCCUUAACCCAGAAGAUGGCAUAAAACUUCAGGAUGAAGUUGAAUUUACUACUGCUCAGGAUCCUGCUUCUCCUGGCAGAAUCCAUGCACUUCGUAUCAAAGUGCUUCCACCAGGAACAAUAGUUACUCCUCCAACCAAUGGCUCUUCAAAACAGGACCAAAGAAACUCAGAUGAUUACUAUAUUGGAGUGGUUGAAAAAGAAGCUCCAUCCCGUUGGUCUUUAGAAAGCCCACAACGAGGUAGUAAGAAAUCUGCCCAAGAAGAAAAUAGUGAUGAAUUGUCGGGGGAGGGCGUUAUUACUCUCAACAAAAAUGGGGCCAAAGAAAGUGUGUAUUUCACUACACAAGAUUGUGAGCAUCGCUCCUUCCCCCGAGCCGGUGAUAAAGUUGAAUUUAUGCUACUUACCAAAGAUGACAAAUUGUAUGCUAAACAUGUGAAAGUAAUGUCAAAAAUACGAAAUGGUUUCCGUUACACUCAUAGAGGAUAUGUUGCUGCCUUGAAAGAUACCUUUGGAUUUAUUGAGACUGAAGAUCAUGACAAAGAAGUAUUUUUUCAUUAUAGUGUUUUUGAUGGAAAUGCAUCGUCCCUUGAAAUUGGACAAGAAGUGGAAUAUGGUGUUACUCACAAAGGUAACAAACUGAGCGCAGAAUGUGUACGUAAAUUAUCUUCAGGUACUCUGCAAAAGGAAGAUAUUCAACCUGAAAUUUUGAAUGGUGUUGUGGUUUGUCCUGUAAGAUGCUUCAAUCCGGAUCAAGAACAGUAUUCUGGAAAAAUACGUUUGGCUUCUCAUGCUGAAAAUAUGGAUGAAAAUUUAACAGAGUAUGAAUUUGGCAUUACAAGCUUAGAUGACAAACAUGAAUUUCUCCAGAAAGGGGAUGUUGUCCAAUUUCAGAUCGGAAUCACUAAGAAAGGAAAAGAGAGAGCUGUUAACAUUAAAGCUAUUCGAGCUAGGAUACAGGCAGUUGUGGAUACUAUCAAAGGAAAUUUCGGAUUUCUCGCCUAUGAGGCAGAGGAGGGUAAGAAGUUGUUCUUCCACAUGUCUGAAGUGAAAGGUGACAGUAAUAUACAGGCUGGAGAUAAAGUGGAGUUUGUUGUUGUUUACCAUCAGAGGACUGGAAAAUAUUCUGCUUGCAGUGUUGUUAAAAUAGGGGAAAGACAACCUCUGGAAAGACCAGAGCGACUGAAUCGCAUCCGCACUAUUUCAUCUGAAGGAGGAGGCCCCCGCCUCAUUUUGGUUCGUCAACCUAAAGGCCCGGAUGGUUCCAAUGGAUUCAAGCUCCUCCGCACUGUGAAUGAAGAUGAAGCCAGUUUGCCUCAACUGCAAUCUAAUGGAGUCAUUAAUGAAACAUGCUCACUCCUCAACGAAAUGCAUUUAAAUGUGGAGCCUAAUACUCUUGUUUGCUCACAAGGAUAACUUUCUUUUGUUCAAAUCUGUUUCAGUAAUCGCAGUGACUUUAAACCCUACAUAUAUUACGUUUGGAUUACAGCUAAUAAUGUAGACUUGCAUUCAUUCGGAAAAAAAAAGAAAAGAAAAAAAAUUAGCUAAUUAUUCGGUUAAAUUUUUUCUUUGUCCCUAGAACUUCCCUUCCUACUUUUAUCAUUUAUAAGUUUCUCAUAUCUAUAUAUUAAAAAAACGAUUAUAAUUUAUAAUCUGAAAAAAAUAUAUAAGGUAUUUACUGUUGAUAUUCUGUCUUUAGACAAAAUUUAUGUUAGUUCAUGUUUUAAAAUAAAAAGUGAACAGUGAUAUAAAUGCACGCCUGCCAAUUCAGCUAGAUUUAGAUCUGACAUCCAAUUUCAUCCGAGUAGAUAUCUACUUUCUAUUCUCAGCUAAAAUUCUCAAUGAUUAAUUUUUAGGAAAUUUUUCUAUUUGGAUUUUUAUGAUGAAAAUCCCAAUUAGAUAAUUUUUUUUACACUUGUCUUAUUUUUAAAUCAUUUCCUGUUCUGUAUGUGUAGGGCUUUUUUGAUGCUCGUCUAUUAUGAUUAAAAUUUAAAUUAUUUCAUUGUUUUGCACCUUCAAUGUUUUUUGUAAUGAAAAUCCCUAUUAGCUAAUUUUUUACACUAGUUUCAUUUUUUAAAUCCCUCCUUUCACAUUCUUUAUAUAUAGGAUUUUUUUUUAUUACUAUUUUUAUUAUGAUUCAAAUAUAAAUUGCACCAUAUUUUGCACCUUUGUUAUUAUUAUUAUUAUCUUUAUAUGAAAAAUAUUCUGGUGAAAUCUUUGUUAAAUUAUAUGAUUUUGAUUGCUACUAUACAAAAAACUUUAGAAUAAGGCAAUUUUUUUAUGAAAUUAUUUUAUUAUGAAAUUCGCAUCCCACCUUCUGUUUUCUUUUAUUUUUAUAGAAAAUAACAUAAGUGUAUUAAUCAUCAAUCAUGAGAUCUAGCUGUAACUGCAACUAAUUGGCAGGUGUGCAAGUGAUACUCCCCAUUGUUUGAAUGAUAAUGGUUCCUUAAGUUCUUGAAACAGAAAGUGAGAGUAAACUAAGCAUUGCAGAUACCAGCACGCUUGAGCUUGACGCAUGUUUACAGGCUUCUUGCCUAUUCAUACUUUGCUCUUCCAUUUGAAAUUGAAGGUUGUUUUUAUAUAUUUUUAUUAUUUUAGAUACCUUUUUUGGAAAAUUUAACUUAUGCGAGGAAGUGCAUAGUGUGUAUUUCUUUUCAGGCAGGCUCUCUAAAAUAAUUGAUUGAUAAUAUUAAGUACGCAUCCAUAAAAAGUUUAACGAAAUUUUAAGGUUUUAUGUUUUUAUAUCCUUUCUAAAAAAAUGAUUUUAAAAAGUUAAGAAGCCGCUAAACAUGUGCCUUAUAUUAUGAUGUAAUUAAAACAAAUACUUUGUAACGGUGAAUAAACUUUUUGCAGAGAAAUAAAAAGAUCAAGUGCUGGCAA